ACCAUCCCACCUGAAACCCUGAGGAGCCCCUGACCCCACAGACCAAGCAGAGCUAGCAAACUUGGUUGUGUUUUUCUCAUAACCAUGAAGCACCAAGGGUACAGUUGCUAACGUGGGCACCUGGGAAACUGACAGAGCCUCUGGCAUCUAUCAUCCCUGCUCUGCUCCCAUCUUGCUGUGCAACUGCCAAGCUCGGUCACUACCAAGCAAGUGCUAGAUCUGCUCAGAGGUUGAGCACCCACACUCCCUGGCACAAUGGUGACCAUACCACCUGUUGGCUGCAGGGGCACAACAUGCAGCUUCACACACUGGUUUGGGCAUGUGUAGCACCAGGUCCAACAGGAGCCCAAGGUCAGGACGGAGGGUGGCAUGUAUGCACCUGUGUCUAGUGACAAGCCAGGCCACACAGAGGGGACUCCAGGCAGGGCCAGCUGGACAUCUGCCAACCUGGCAUCCUUGCCCUCACCUUGAAGAAGUGAAAUCACACUCGCAGGUUUGGUGCAGGCUCCAUGUCAAGCUGCUCUGCCUCCCCCCUGUGGGGGCCACGAGGUCCAGCAUAUGCUUCUGGGGUCAUAGCCAAGCAGGCACCCUGAUCAAAAUAGCAGUCACAAGACCUAGGGCAAAGUUGGCAGAAGCCCCUCUCUGCAGUGACUAAAAAUAGGCAUGACGGGCCAGGCAAGAGAGCAGAGGGACAGGCGCCAUGAGGUCGCUGCGUUGCAUGUCGGCUGAGGCACUGGUGUCCCACCCACAGCUGGCCCGGGAGGGCCUGGGCAGUGUGGCCCAUGACCUCUACCCGCUGCUGUUCAGGGCAGGCUACCUGCUAGAGCAGCCAGAGGUGGUGUGCGCUGUGCUGGGACAGUGGCCCCUGGAGGAGUUCCGACUGCGGGCACUGCUGGGACCUAGCACCGAGCACCCGGAGGACCUACGGGACCGCGCAUGCCGGACCUGCCUGGAGGCCUGCGUUCAGGGCCUGGUGCGCCAUGUGCGGCGGAGUGGCCAGCGGCGACUGCGAGUGGCCGAUCUCACAGGCCUACAGGACGUGCAGGAGCAGAACUGCCCAUGUGGGAGAGCCUUGGGACGGUGGGGCCGCACCCAGCUGCUGGCCAGGACCUGCUGCGAGCUGCAGGCGGCUCCCUGUGUGGCAGGGCACCCCGUGCAGGUGCUCGCCGACCUCUUUGUCACCGAUGGCAACUUCGAGGUGGUGGUGCAGGCCCUGCAGCCCGCCAGCCCUGCACCCUUACAGCUGUGCUGCCCCUCGGUCCGCGCCGACAGCCUGAGUCCUGAGCAACUUCUGCAUGUGCUGCACCUGGCGGGGCCGGAGUCACUGCACAAGCUCGAGGUGGUGCAUAACGUGCGGCUGCACGCUGGCCAUGUGCAGCAGCUGCUGGCCCAGGUGGGCUUCCCGCAGCUGGCCUCGCUCACUCUGCCCACCAGGGCCUUUGAUAUGCCCCAGGCCUGCUCCCCAACUCCUGACAGCCAAGACGCCCUCCUCACCUCCAUUGCUGGGGAGCUGGGCCGCAUGACCCACCUCACAGAGCUGAGUCUGGCCUUCUCCACGCUGACUGGCAAGGUCCCCAUACUGCUCAGAGUCUGCUGGAUACUCACGUUGAGUGUUCUGAGCAGUUGUGUGCUCGAUGUGAAAGGGGAUGCAAGGACUUUGCCACCUGGAGUGAUUACACUUGGCGUGCCCAGCGCCACAUGCCCCCUCAGAACCCCGCUGCGCACACUGGACCUGGCCCACUGCGCCCUUAGCCACACAGACAUGGCCUUUCUGGCAGACUGCAUUCAUGCCACCCAUCUGGAGGUGCUGGACCUCAGCGGACAUAGCCUGAUCCACCUGUUCCCUUCAACCUUUUUCAAGCUGCUUAACCAGGCGGCUGCAACGCUCAGGGUGCUGACACUGGAGGAGUGCGGCAUUGCUGACAGCCAUGUGGGCAUGAUGAUCCUGGGCCUGAGCCCCUGCAGCUGUCUGCAGGAGUUCCGGUUCCUGGGGAACCCACUGUCAGCCCAAGCCCUCAGGCGCCUCUUUGCUGCCUUAUGCGAGCUCCCCCGGCUGCGGUGCAUUGAGUUCCCUGUGCCCAGGGACUGCUAUCCCGAGGACACUGCCUACCCCCAGGAUGAGCCAGCCCUGUCCAGGUUUGACCGGCAGAAGUAUGCAGCAAUCUCUGAGGAGUUGCAUGCAGUGCUGCUACGAGCCCAGCGAGACGACAUUCAGGCCUGCACGCCCCUGCAUGGGAGCUUCGAUCCUGACGUGCAGGAGACCAGUGAGGAGCUUGGGGCCUUCCUGCUGCAAGCAUUCAGAGCUGCCCUGGACAACUUCUCCCGUGUCCUCAGACAGAUGGAAUAGCCCACAGAUUGCCCAGGGGACAGGGAGCAGUGCCUCCCAGAGCAGGUGAGGCCCAUGUGGGUGGGGAGGGCUGGGUGCCUUUGGAGCCUGACAGCUAAGAGGGGACAGAGUAUGUCAGAAGAGGGCUGAGUUGAGCACCAUCCACAAACAGUAAGCAAGAGACAACAGGGGUGGCCCCGUGCCUGGGGCGCCUUGUGCCCUUCAGCUUCUCCCGUGUGCUGCAGCUCCUUCCCCUGGGCUCUACAUACAAGUCAUCUGGACCGCGGACACCAAAGCUGCCUGCAUCCAGGACCACUCGGGCUGUGUGCUGACCAAGCUCCCUCUGAGGACUGCUCUGGUGGCUAAUGCGAUGAUUAGUGACAUGUUUGCACCCAGUCUGCUCCCA